AUGGCUCUGUGGCCCAGCGUCUUCCUCCUGGGGCUGCUGCCGCUCCUGGCGCGAGGGGCAGAUCAGAUCCAAACCUCUUCUGGAAAGAACACGUUGGAAGGGCAACUCUGGCCAGAGAGCCUGAAGACUUUUCCAUUCCCAUGCGACCCAAAGAAGUUAGCAGAGAGCCUGCCCUCUGAGUCAGUUCACUCUCUGAGGCCUUCUGACAUUAAAUUUGUGGCAGCCAUUGGCAAUGUGGAAACUGCUCCAGACUCGGGGGUGAACGACCUAGAGGAGCAAGACAGGAUGGAGAAGAGGCCAGAGCAGGCGUGCAUGGGCGUGGUGACUGUCCUUUCAGACAUCAUCGGCCGUUUCAAUCCUUCCGCUCUGAUGCCGCUGUGUCCUGAGACGAGACUUGUACCUCGUGGAGGUGCUGAAGACUUGUGGAUGCAGGCUACAGAGCUGGUGAGAAGCAUGAGAGAGAACCCGCAACUUGACUUUGAACAUGACUGGAAGCUCAUCAACGUGUUCUUCAGUAACAUAAGCCAGUGUUUCCCAUGUCCCUCUGCUCAACAGAAGGGGCUCGUGCCAGGGGUCAUGGACAAGCUGAAAAAGACCCUGGACUACUUGCAGCAGGAGGUCCCCAAAGCGUUCGUCAACCUGGUGGACCUCUCGGAGUUGGCAGCAUUCUCUCACUGGCGUCAGGGGGCUCAGCUCAGCCCAGCAGCCGAGCCCUGCAGUUGCUUAAGGGAGACCUCCCAGCUGACCAAGGUCCUGACGCAGUGGUCCUACCUGGAGGCCUGGGACAGCCUCCUGGCAUCCAGCAAGUACAACACGCGGGAGUCCUUCGCGGUGGUCUUCCAGCCUUUCUUCUACGAGAGCUCGCUGUCGGCGCUGUUGGUGGAGCCCCCAUUCCAGGACCCCACCACACUGGCCCUGAGUCUCUGGAACAGAAUGAUGGAGCCCGUAGGGCGGAAGGAAGAGCCCUUCAGUGAGAAGGAGAGGAAGCCGCUGAGGUGCCCCUCGCAGGAGAGCCCCUACCUAUUCACCUACAGGAACAGCGGCCAGCUGACCAGGGUGUCACAACCCCAGGGGAAGCUCGAGGUGAGAGAAGGGACGGAAAUCCACUGUCCCGACAAGGACCCCUCCGACUCGGUUCCCACCUCAGUUCACAGGCUGAAGCCUGCCGACAUCAAGGUCAUAGGCGCCAUGGGCGACUCCCUCACGGCAGGCAACGGGGCCGGGUCCCAGCCCGGGAACAUCCUGGAUGUCUUUACUCAGUACCGAGGCCUCUCCUGGAGUGUCGGGGGCGACCAGAACAUCAGCACCGUCACCACCCUGGCCAACAUCCUCCGGGAAUUCAACCCUUCCCUGCAGGGCUUCUCCGUCGGCACCGGGAAAGAGACCACUUCCCAAGCCUUCUUCAACCAGGCAGUGGCGGGCGCCCGAGCCGAUGGGUUAAUUCCCCAGGCCCAGAGGCUGGUGGCCCUGAUGAAGAAUGACACGAGGAUAAAUUUUCAGGAGGAUUGGAAGAUAAUAACCGUAUUCAUUGGAGGCAAUGACCUCUGUGAUUUCUGCAAUGAUCCGGUGCGCUAUUCCCCCCAGAACUUCACAGACAAUAUCGCGACAGCCCUGGACAUCCUCCACGCCGAGAUUCCCCGGGCCUUUGUGAACCUGGUGAAGGUGCUUGAGAUCUCCAAGCUGAGAGAGCUGUACCAGGAGACUAAAGUGAGCUGCCCCAGGAUGAUCCUCAGGUCUCUGUGUCCCUGUGUCCUGAAGUUCGAUGACAACUCCACAGAAAUUGCCUCCCUCAUGGAAAUGAUCAAGGAGUAUCAGGAGAGGACCCAGCAGCUGAUUGACAGCGGGCGAUACGACACGAGGGACGACUUCACGGUGGUUUUGCAGCCGUUCUUUGAAAAAGUGAACAUGCCGAAGACCCAGGACGGGCUACCCGACAACUCUUUCUUCGCGCCUGACUGCUUCCACUUCAGCAGCAAGGCCCAUGCGCGCGCAGCCAGUGCCCUCUGGAACAACAUGCUGGAACCUGUUGGCCAGAAGACAACACACAAUGAUUUUGAAGAAGCGGUCAACAUCACCUGUCCAAACCAGGUCUGGCCGUUUCUGAGCACCUACAAGAACAGCAUGCAGGGUUUGGGGACCUGGCUGCCGUGCAGAGACAGAUCCCCGUCUGCCUCGCCCCCCACCUCAGUGCACGCCCUGAGACCCGCAGAUAUCCAGGUUGUGGCUGCUCUGGGAGAUUCUCUAACUGCUGGCAAUGGAAUUGGCUCCAAACCAAAUGACCUCUCAGAUGUCACCACUCAGUAUCGGGGACUGUCAUAUAGUUCAGGAGGGGACGGCUCCCUGGACAACGUGACCACCUUGCCCAAUAUCCUCCGGCAGUUCAACAGCAACCUCACGGGCUUCGCCGUGGGCACCGGGGACGCCAGUGGCACCAAUGCUUUCCUCAACCAGGCUGUUCCCGGAGCAAAGGCGAGGGAUCUCAUGAGCCAAGUGCAGACUCUGGUUCAGAGGAUGAAGGACGACCAUAGGGUAAAUUUCCAAGAAGACUGGAAGGUCAUCACGGUGCAGAUCGGAGCCAGUGACUUGUGUGACUACUGCACGGAUUCGAACCUGUAUUCUGCAGCCAACUUUUAUGACCAUCUCCGCGACGCCUUGGACGCCCUCCACAGAGAGGUGCCCAGAGCUCUGGUCAACCUCGUGGACUUCAUGAACCCAAGUGUCACACGACAGGUGUUCCUGGGGAACCCCGACAAGUGCCCAGUGCAGCAGGCCAGCGCCCUGUGUAACUGCGUCUUGAGCCCCCUGGAGAACUCUUAUGAGCUGGCCCGGUUGGAGGCCCUCGCGCAAGCCUACCAGAGCAGCUUGCGGGAGCUGGUGGAGUCCGGCCGCUACGACACGCGGGAGGACUUCUCCGUGGUGCUACAGCCCUUCUUCCACAGCAUCCAGCUCCCCGUGCUGCAGGAUGGGCGCCCGGACACGUCCCUCUUUGCCCCAGACUGCGUCCACCCAAGUCAGAAGUUCCACUCCCAGCUCUCCAGAGCCCUCUGGCACAAUAUGCUGGAGCCCCUGGGGGGGAAAACGGACACCCUGGACCUGACGGCGGCCAUCACCCUCACCUGCCCCACUCAGAACGAGCCCUUCCUGAGAACCUUCCGGAACAGUGACUACACGUACCCCAGCAGGCCAGCUGUUGAGAACUGGGGCAGUGACUUCCUGUGCACAGGGUGGAAUCCUUCCAGGGAUGUUCCGAACUCAGUCCAUGAGCUCCAACCAGGAGACAUCAAAGUAGUGGCUGCCCUGGGUGACUCGCUGACGCUGGCCAUGGGCGCUCGACCAAGCAACUCCAGUGACCCACCCAUGUUCUGGAGGGGCCUCUCCUGGAGCAUUGGCGGGGACGGGGCCUUGGAGACUCACACCACACUGCCCAACAUUCUGAAGAAGUUCAACCCUUCCAUCCUGGGGUUUUCUACUGGAACCUUGGAGGGAACCAUGGGACUCAACGUAGCAGUGCAAGGGGCCAGAGCUCAGGACAUGCCAGCCCAAGCCCGGGACCUGGUGGAGCGAAUGAAAAACAGCCCCGAGAUCGACCUGGAGAAGGACUGGAAGCUGGUCACACUCUUCGUGGGGGGCAAUGACCUGUGUCACUUCUGCGAGAAUCCGGAGGCCAGCUCCGAGGGGGAGUACGUCCGGCACAUCCAGCAGGCCCUGGAUAUCCUGUACGAGGAGCUUCCGAGGACUUUUGUCAACGUCGUGGAGGUCAUGGAGCUGGCUGGCCUGCACCAGGACCAAGGUGGGAGAUGUGCCACACUGCUGGCAGCUCAGAGCCACUGCACCUGCUUCAAAUACUCUCAGAGCUCACUGGAGAUGCAAGAACUGAAGAAAGUGAACUGGAACCUCCAGAGCGGCCUCUCCAGGCUCUCCUACUCACACCAGUACGUGCAGCGUGAGGACUUCGCUGUUGUCGUGCAGCCUUUCUUCCAGAACACUCUUGUCCCAUUGAACGAGAGAGGAGACACUGACCUCACCUUCUUCUCUGACGACUGCUUCCACUUCUCAGAGCGCGGUCACGCCGAGAUGGCCAUCGCCCUCUGGAACAACAUGCUGGAGCCAGUGGGCCACAAGACGACCUCCAACAACUUCACCUACAGCCGGACCAAACUCAAGUGCCCCUCCCCCGAGAGCCCGUACCUCUACACCCUCCGGAACAGCCGGCUACUCCCUGACCAGGCUGAGGCAGACCCCACGGUGCUCUACUGGGCAGUGCCGGUGGCAGCAGGAGCCGGCCUUCUCAUCGGCAUCAUUGCCAUGGUGGCAUGGAGAGGCAUGCGACGUCACCCGAGGGAGGACCCCCCGAUGAGCCUGACCACAGGCCUCUAGGCCCCUGUGUGUGGUCCUCACCCGAAGGUCCCGGCCACACUCCAACCUGGCCCUUCUACCUCAGCCACCUGUGGCCACCACGGGCAGAGCCUGCUUCCACACCCGAGACACCGCAGCCAAAGGGACAGUCAGGACUUCCUGGGGCCUCAGCUUCUUCCUGGCUGAUGCUCCUGGGAUUGGCAAACUUAAAUAAAAAA